AUGCGAUGUCUACGACCAUACCACGUUGAAAGCACGACAUCUCGUCCGAUCUGUCAAGUUAAGCAACGUUGGGCCUGGAAUGAUGAUUAUGGUUAUGAUAAAGAUAUACAGCGAUACAUGCUUAGCAACGCUACCGCUCAAUGGAAGAAAACAAAUGUUUCCCAUACUAAUCUGCCAGGUGAAAAUGAAGAAGUACAUCCUUGUGAAAUAUGUGGACGAAAUUUUGUAAAAAACAGUUUGGUUAAACAUGAAGUAAUAUGUCGAAAAAUGGCAGGUGCAAAACGGAAAGUAUUUGAUUCCGGUAGACAACGAGCAACUGGAUCUGAUAUCGCUAUUGAUAAUGUCAUAAAUGCUCGAAAAGAACGCGAAAAGAUUGGUUAUUUAUGA